UGCAUUUGUGGUUGUAAGUGAGCUGUCAGAGAGCCUAAUGUUAUGUGAUUAAUGUUCACAUCUCUUAAAAUUUUACUCUUUUGUUUAUUUCGUUGUGUAAAAGCUGCCGUCCGCCGAAAAACUAGCUGCGAAACAAAAAAACCCUUGAAAAUGGUUCUGCUCACUCGUUGUUCCUCACUUCUGAAUAUAUUCCGCGCAUUUCCUAAGCGAAAUAUACACCAGAGCUUAGCCGCUCUGAAGUCUGAAGAUCGGAAAGCAAUGCAGGCUUCGUUGCCCAGCAAAGACGAAGGCACUGUUGGUGAACGUUCCAUCGAUAUCGACUCAUUGAUGCACAAAAAGUCGCAGCUCUUUCCGGACGCUAACACACCUACCAAGUUAUUCAACGGUAUUCCGUUCAAUGAGAUUCCCAUCUGCAACAUUCGCGUUUCACCGAAUAAUACCAUAAUUACAAUAUGUGAUGCCAAAGGGACACCUCAAUUUAUUCGGUCUUGUGGAAUAGAAGGCUUUAAAAACACGAGAAAAGGUACUAAUAUAGCGGCACAGGCUACCGCCAUCAGCAUCUGCUCGAAGGCAAUCGAGCGGGGGUACAAAACUGUGCGUGUGACCAUUCGUGGACUUGGACCUGGUAGAAUGUCGGCAAUCAAAGGAUUGGAAAUGGCUGGAAUGAAUAUUGUAUCUGUAACUGAUACUACCCACGUUUCCUGGAACCCACCACGACCAAGAAAACAGCGAAAAUUGUAGAAAGCUUUAUUUUGAGGUACGUAUGUCAGUUGUUUCAUAAGGUUGUAACAAAAAGAACAUGGUUCAUAGAUGAACUUAAA